AUGGAAGCCGUCAAGCGAUUCUUCAGUUCCCCGCGCUUCGCGGUGGCGGGGGCCAGCAAUGACACCAACAAGUUCGGAUAUAAAAUCCUCGCUUGGUAUCACCAGCACUCAUUACCUGUGACACCACUGAACCCACGGGCAGCGCAGAUUUCGCUCCCCUCGCGUUCCUACGAUACCGUGCCUUCACCGUCGGCUUUGGCUUCACCCACGCAGACUUCUCUAUCGGUGGUGACCCCACCACCGGUGACCCUCACACUGUUGCAGGAAGCGCACUCAGUCGGCAUCCCUGCCGUCUGGUUGCAACCCGGAACCUUCGAUAAUGCAGUGUUGGAUUAUGCGCGAGGACAUUUCGAGGCGGUGAUUGCGGGCGACGGUGGAAUGGGCGGCGAGGGAUGGUGCGUCCUGGUGGAUGGUGAUGAUGGAUUGGAGGCCGCCGGUGUACAGUGGACCAGCCAGCGCUUGUAA